GAUGCCGCACAGUUCUCCUCAUUAUCGCCAUGUUGCCGUCUGAGCGUUAAUUUGCUGGCGUCGUUUAGUAUUUCUGUUGAAGAGAAUUUUUGACUUCACAGCAGUGAUUGAAAAGUGAAUUUCUUUCGCAGGCAGAGAUCUAAAUACUCUGCCAUCGCAACAUACCACCCCACGAGGUGUUAGUACCUGCGCAGAUUGUGCAGCAGAAUAAUGGAAGAAGUAGACGAAGCAGAAAAAGAAGCUAGUGAAGUUCUACAUUCUCUUCUCUCCGUUGAACGAAUAGAGAAACAGCCACCCACAACGGAAGAUGGAAAUCAGGUGAUCAUUAUUUCGGCCAGUGACUCUACAUCUUCUGUGCAGACUGAAACAUCAUCUCCUCAAAACCAAAACAACCAAAUUACUGGUGGAAUGGUUCAGUGGCAUACACCAGUGACUGGACAACAAGCCGUCUUUGCAAGUAUUGUGGAUAACAACCAACAGUUUGGUAGCAACGUAAAUAGUGAACAAGUGCUGUGGCAGACAGAUGGUAUACAGUUGUGGCAAGGUUCCCACCAAACAACAGCAAUUUGUAUACCUAAUGUUGAAACAUCAAAUGUGGCAGAACAAGAAACUUUUACCAGUGCAACCUCAGAAAGGCCUGAGGCAGCACUAAAAGUGAAGAAAAAAAUGACUUUAAUGAAGACAGCAGAUUCGAGGACAAAUACUAAGUCAAAAACACCUCAGAAAUCUAAACAAAAAGUCAGAGACUCAAGUGAUAUGGACCCAACUCAGUUGGAGGAAAAUGCACAACAAGUGAAAGAAAGAUUUGAGAAAGGCUGUGAGUGCCAAGAAGAAAACUGUUUUAAAGGACUUAGUCCUGAGUAUGUAUAUCGACACAGGCUGAAUAUAGCAGAGCUAACCAAAGGUGAACAUGACAUGUACCUUAUGGGUGUUACAAUGGCUGUGCUUACUAAUCCGGAAGAAACUGUUAGACACAAAGAGAGACAACGAUUGCGUGCCCAGUAUGCAUUUCAGGGCCGCCGAGUUUGCUUGGCCGCUUUCUUAUAUCUGGAAAACUGUACUCAUUACCAGUUGAAGAGAAUCCGGAAACAUGUUAUGGUACAUGGUGUAUCACCACGUGUUCAUGGAAACUGUGGAAAGAAGCCCCACAACACGUUUCCUCUUGACAGUUACCGUCAUGCGACAUCUUUCCUUCAACGUUUUAUUGAGAAACACACUCAAAGCUCAGCAACCACUGUUAACGGGUCAUCACCAGGUUCCGGGAUGAAGAGUAAGUCAAAGCCUGUAGGGAAAACAACUCCUUUAUACUUGCCCUCAGAAAUUACAAGAAAGACUAUUCAUAAUGCAUAUUGUCAAUAUUGUGAAAAUUAUGAUCCAUCAAUAAAAGUAAUGGGUUAUUCUACAUUUAGGCAUUUUAUGAAGGAACAGUUUCCACAUGUGAAAUUUUGCAAAACUGAAAGCAGUUGUAACAGAACAGCAGUAAACAAUCAGACACAGAAAUGUAAUGGAAACAACUCUGUUCAGGUUGUGGACACACUUCCACAGCAAUGUAUAAAAUUGCCAAGUGAGUCUCUUACUGCACAGGUGCCUGAAAAUUGUCAAGAAACGCAAGCUACAUCUAUACUCCGUCAUGGCCAGUUAACUGCUAUUCCCAUCAUAUUCUCACAACCCACUUCUCAGUCAGAAACAACACUCCCUGCAAAUGUUUCUCAAGAGCAAGCUUUUAUUGUAAAACCUAUUUUACAUGCAUCUCUGGAUGGAACACCAGUGUCAAUAAACAGUUCUGGGACAUUUACAUCGUAUCAGCUAGCUCCAGCACAUCCAACAUACACAACUCACCCACACAAUUCUCAGACAAUAGCUGUAGCCUCAAUAGAUGGUAAUACACAGGACACAUUUGCAUUUACUACAUUAUAAAAAAAAAUAAAGCCAUCAAUCCUCGUGUUGCUUGGAACAACACAGUUGUUUGCUAGACAUGCUCCUGUUGAAGGAAGUAUCCUGUUUCCUUCAUUUGGCCUUUCAAUUGAUGUAACCAGCCAGUUAUAAGGAGACCUACAUUUUAAUGUAGACUGUGAACUGCAGUGCAUCUUGGUAUUUCUCACAUUGAUAAACAUUGCCAGAUGUGAUAGACAUGAUAAUUUACAGAUAAAAAUUCUAGGACUGAGAGAGGGUUCAACCCAUGGCCAUUAUAUCUGUAGCCUGGCAUUUUACCACCAAGCCACAGAGAUCCAUGCACAAAUUAAGUUUGCAAAACUCGUAAGUUAAAUGUUGGUUAAGAAGUUAUCAUUUUUAGUGCAACAGCAUUGUACAAAAAGAAAUUACAUAUAUUAAUAUAUUACUUAAUGUCCUUCAAUUUUUGAAGGACAUGUAAAUUGUAUUUAUAAUUUCCUGAUGUGUAACUGUCAGAAUUAUUUCACAAGAACAGCACACUUUAUUAUAUUAGUAUAUAGUUCAAGAUCAGUAUUAACGUAAAUAAUUAUGUCCUUUCACUCUUACAGACAUGUUUUUCUAAGUGUUAUUUAAGGGAAGCUUUUAAAUUAUGUUGUCAAAAUCUUGCUUUCAUUUGUUUCCCCAAAGAAUAGUUUAUAUGAAAGAGAUUAACAUCAAAAAUAAAUUUAAGAGUUAGUCUUUCAUGAAGAUUUUUGUCAGGGGGUUAGCCUCGUACAGUAGUGAAACAUGGACAAUAAACAGUUAUGAGAAGAGGAGAAAAGAUGAUCUCGAGAUACUGAAAAGAAUGCUGGAGACAAGAAGAGUAGCAUAGAAUACUGGCAGUGUGGUAUUGAAUCAAAUGUGAGUGAAAAUGAAAUUUAUGGAACAACUUGAUAACUUGAUUGGACACAUCCUUAGGCAUCAAGGAUUUAUUAGUUUGGUACUGGAGGGAAGUUGGGUGGGAUGGGGAGGAUAGUGGAGGUAGUGGAAGGAGACAAAGGUUUGGUUACAAUAAACAGGUUCAAAUGGUUGUAGGUUGCAGUGGUUAUGUAGAGACAGAGACUUGCAUGGAGUAGACUAGUGUUGAGAGCUAAAUAAAUCCCAACAACAGCAAUUGCCGUACUUUUUUUUUCUGUCAAUAAGAGUCCAUAUGUCAAAAUUAUUUUAUCAUUUUUCAUCAUUAAUGAGAAAAAAUAUUAAUCGAAUAUGAAGUGUAUGAAACGUUUAAUAUAAUGCUUGCCAGAGAUGGAAUGACAUUAGUAAUGGGUUUUUGCAUGGUGAGAGGUUUAAUAAUGUGGUACCUACCAUGAGGAGCCUUACUGAUGUGUUACUUUUAUUUAUUUUUGUAAUACAUUUGUUUGGAUAUUUUCUAAAUUUUGAAUUAUUACUUUAGUGUGUACAGACAUUAUUUUGUGGGCCAGAGAGAUAUGCUAAAUUACAUGCCACCAUUCAGUCUCUGUCUAGGAAACAAAUCUAAAGGAAAAGAAAGCCUUUGAUGAAUUUUGUAUGAACAGAUCACAUUCUUUAAGUAUGGGGGAAAAAAUAAGGACAAUCUUCACAUUGUUAUUUUGUGUAGAUGCUCCAGUUCUUAUAAUACACACAGAAAAUAAAAUGGGAUUAAAUUAGGGAACAAUUAUUGACCUCAAUUGACAAGAGCAAGCUGUAUUGCAAAUGUUUGGUAUUGUUGAAGUAAGUGAAACAGUGUUGCAAUUCCUUAAGGCAUCACAUUAGUGAUUCUCCUCUACUCGUGCUGUAAAAUAAUAUUGUGAAGGACAAUGUAGAUGUUGAACAGUUGCUUAAGAUUUUGAAACAUAAAUUAUUAUUCAACUGUAGGUAACGAUACUUUGCACCUGUGUCACUCUGAGGAAGAACACAACUUACAGUCCUCAAAAUCUUCCUUCAUCUGGAAAAGGCUUCAUGCAAAUUGGGUGGUUUACAUCUUUACUGAGAAUUUAGUCUGCCCUGGAAGUGAGUAGCUUUGAAAUUUGUUGUGUGAAUAAUAAAAGUAAAAAUGUGCAAAGAUGCUAGGCUCCUUUAACUAUAUGAAGGUGAAGAUGAUUCAAAUAAA